GUCUAGUUUCAUUUGAUUUCUCACACUACCUUCAUAUUUCAAAGAGUAUAUAAACAAGUGCUAGGUAUAUGUGAGCUCAUACAAAAACAUAAUCUUCUCUUCCUAAAUUUCUAUCUCCUAUCAUCCAUUUUUCUUUUCUUGGGAUUAAGAAUUCUCAUUCAAUGUCCCUUUAGUCCUCUUUUUCUGUCCCAUUGAAACUUACACUUAUUUUGCCUAUUUUCCACUUAUAAACUUUGUAGUGUUUUUUUCAUCUAUUUUUGGCACAACAUGGCCGCUGGUGAAAAGGGUUCAAUCUCACUAGAUCAGAUCAAGAAUGAGACUGUUGAUUUGGAACGUAUUCCAAUUGACGAAGUUUUUGAGCAGUUGAAAUGUACAAGAGAAGGUUUGUCCUCUACAGAAGGAGAAAACAGGAUUCAAAUAUUUGGUCCAAACAAGCUAGAAGAAAAAAAGGAGAGCAAAUUUCUCAAGUUUCUUGGGUUUAUGUGGAAUCCAUUAUCAUGGGUGAUGGAAGCUGCAGCUAUAAUGGCAAUUGCUCUUGCAAAUGGUGAAGGGAAGCCACCAGAUUGGCAAGAUUUUGUGGGAAUUGUUUGCUUGUUGGUUAUCAAUUCCACAAUCAGUUUUAUUGAAGAAAACAAUGCUGGUAAUGCUGCUGCUGCUCUUAUGGCUGGUCUUGCUCCUAAGACAAAGGUUCUUAGAGAUGGAAAAUGGAGUGAGCAAGAGGCUGCAAUUCUAGUCCCAGGAGACAUCAUUAGCAUCAAACUCGGUGACAUUAUACCAGCCGAUGCUCGUCUUCUAGAAGGUGAUCCUUUAAUGGUUGAUCAAGCAGCAUUAACAGGAGAAUCACUUCCAGUAACUAGACAUCCAGGACAAGAAGUUUUCUCAGGCUCAACUUGCAAACAAGGAGAAAUCGAAGCUGUUGUUAUAGCAACCGGUGUCCACACAUUCUUCGGAAAAGCAGCACAUUUAGUUGACAGUACAAACAAUGUUGGACAUUUCCAAAUGGUUCUCAAAGCAAUUGGAAACUUUUGUAUCUGUUCCAUUGCUGUUGGUAUGUUGGCUGAGAUUAUCGUCAUGUAUCCUAUUCAACACCGCAAAUAUCGCGAUGGAAUUGACAACCUUUUAGUCCUUUUGAUUGGUGGAAUUCCAAUUGCUAUGCCAACUGUUUUGUCUGUUACAAUGGCUAUUGGUUCCCACAAACUUUCUCAGCAAGGUGCUAUCACAAAAAGAAUGACUGCUAUCGAAGAAAUGGCCGGCAUGGAUGUUCUUUGCAGUGACAAGACCGGAACACUUACUCUUAACAAAUUGAGUGUCGAUAGAAACUUGAUUGAGGUGUUUAUAAAGGGUGUCGAUAAGGAACAUGUCAUCCUUCUUGCUGCUAGGGCUGCUCGAACUGAAAAUCAGGAUGCUAUAGAUUCUGCUAUCGUUGGAAUGCUUGCUGACCCUAAAGAGGCGAGAGCCGGGAUAAGAGAGGUGCAUUUCUUGCCAUUCAAUCCUGUUGAUAAGAGAACUGCUUUGACUUAUAUCGAUAAUGAUGGAAAUUGGCAUAGAGCUAGCAAAGGUGCUCCUGAACAGAUCAUGAACUUGUGUAACCUUAGGGAAGAUGCUAAGAAGAAGGUUCAUGGUAUUAUUGAAAAGUUUGCAGAAAGAGGACUACGUUCACUCGGAGUUGCUAGACAGGAAAUUCCUGAGAAAACAAAGGAAAGUGCUGGUGCUCCAUGGCAAUUUGUCGGUUUGUUGUCUGUGUUUGAUCCUCCUCGCCAUGACAGUGCUGAAACCAUCCGUAGAGCUCUUCAUCUCGGUGUAAAUGUUAAGAUGAUUACAGGUGAUCAACUGGCCAUAGCUAAGGAAACUGGUAGGAGACUUGGUAUGGGAACCAAUAUGUAUCCAUCUUCUACCUUGCUUGGUCAAGACAAAGAUGCAAAUAUUGCCGCAAUUCCAGUUGAAGAGCUGAUUGAGAAAGCAGACGGAUUUGCUGGAGUUUUUCCAGAACAUAAAUAUGAAAUUGUGAAGAAAUUACAAGAGAGGAAGCACAUUUGUGGAAUGACUGGAGAUGGUGUGAAUGAUGCUCCUGCAUUGAAGAAAGCUGACAUUGGAAUUGCUGUCGCUGAUGCCACCGAUGCUGCACGAGGUGCUUCUGAUAUAGUCUUAACAGAACCUGGUUUGAGUGUUAUCAUCAGUGCAGUCUUGACAAGUAGAGCUAUUUUCCAAAGAAUGAAGAACUACACGAUCUAUGCAGUGUCUAUCACUAUUCGUAUAGUGUUUGGCUUCAUGUUUAUUGCAUUGAUAUGGAAAUUUGAUUUCUCUCCAUUCAUGAUUUUGAUUAUUGCCAUUUUAAAUGACGGAACAAUCAUGACAAUUUCAAAGGAUAGAGUUAAGCCAUCUCCAAUGCCUGAUAGCUGGAAACUGAAAGAAAUCUUUGCAACUGGUGUCAUGCUUGGAGGUUACUUGGCAUUGAUGACUGUGAUAUUUUUCUGGAUAGUGAAAGACACUAAGUUCUUCCCUGAAAGAUUUGGAGUUAGAGAUAUUCAUGACAGUAAUGAUGAAUUGACGGCUGCUUUGUAUCUACAAGUUAGUAUAGUUAGUCAGGCUUUGAUCUUCGUAACUCGUUCGCGUAGCUGGUCUUAUAUCGAACGACCUGGAAUGCUGUUAAUGGGUGCUUUCCUCAUUGCUCAACUGAUUGCUACAUUAAUAGCGGUAUAUGCCAACUGGGGCUUUGCAAGAAUCCAAGGAAUUGGUUGGGGUUGGGCAGGAGUCAUCUGGCUCUAUAGUAUUGUCUUCUAUAUUCCUCUUGACAUCAUCAAGUUCGCCACUCGCUAUGUCUUAAGCGGCAAAGCAUGGCUAAAUCUUCUAGAAAACAAGACUGCCUUCACUACCAAGAAGGAUUACGGUAAAGAAGAGAGGGAAGCUCAAUGGGCUCAUGCUCAACGGACACUUCAUGGACUUCAACCACCAGAAAGUUCUGGAAUCUUCAAUGAGAAGAACAGUUAUAGAGAGUUGUCUGAGAUUGCUGAGCAGGCUAAGAGACGUGCCGAAGUUGCUAGGCUUCGCGAACUUCAUACCCUUAAAGGACAUGUUGAAUCUGUUGUGAAGCUGAAAGGACUGGACAUAGACACUAUACAACAACAUUACACUGUGUGACAUAAGAAACACACAAAUGUUGUAUAGUUAGUUAAUUAAGGAGCCAAGAUUAAAUGGCACACCUAAAAGAAGAGAUAAAUUGCCAUUAGGUAGGGAGAGAAAUCUUGUGAUAUGUCUCUCCCAAGUGUUUUACUUUAUUGUUAAUGUAUUUUUCUAGUAAUCUUUUGAUGCUAGAAACAUAGUAGUUUUAGUUUCAAGCAAACAUUAUGCUAGCUUCUCUAUGCUUUUGAGUCCACCAAUUUCUCAAUUUGUAGUUUUCAUUUUUAUUGUAUGUCACUUUAGAAGUGGCGGUUAUUAGACAAAAUGAGUUACCUAUUGGAAUCAUGUUGUGAAUAAGAGUUUAUUGAGGUUUUAAUGGCAUAAUGAAAAAUUUCAAA